GAUUGGACAAAAAAGCGAAUUCAAACACUAUAAAUGGUCUUCACAACAUAUUUCCUCCAAUCGGCGUUUAUGCUAUUUUCCAUUGCGCUAAUUUCAUCGACAAGUGCAGGGGUUUAUAGUCCUCGACGAAUUGUAUUACCUGAUGAUGAAGAAAUGCAACGAGAAAUGAUAAAUGAUUUGUUGCAAAGAGAUUAUGCUGAUCGAUAUCGAACAUAUCUAGAAAAAGGUUUAGCUGCAGCUUCGAAGAAUACUAUCGAUGACAUUGAGAUACAUCCUGAACUGCAUUCAUCCAAUAAGCGGGGACAAACAUUUGUUAGAUUUGGUAAAAGAUCACUAACUUCUGCUGGUUUUGAUAAAUAAAAAAAAAAGAACAAAAAAAGGAGCACAGUCCAAAUGAUAAAGAACUGCUGAAAUCCAAUUAAUUAUCUUUACAACAAUCUCCACUGGGUAUUCAUUUCAUGCGCAUAUUUGCUUUUGAAUCUACUUACUGCAUAAUGUUUAAUUUCAAUUGGUAAUUUCGAUUAUUCAUUUCAAUAUCAUUUCAUUUUUACUUUAUCAUUUCUUUAAAGUAUUAUUCAGUUUUUGGAUUCCGAAUCCUUCAUUUCAUAUUAUACCCCGUAAAAUUUCAUUCAAUCACAUUGAUCCAUUUUAUAGCUGUAAUUCUACGUGUUAUCAUCUCUUAUUGUAAUCUUAUCAUUUAACAUCUCCUUAUUCAUUGUUAUCUUUUAUGUAAUAUUUGGAAUUAAACUGCAGUCAAGUAUAUCGAUUAAAUGUUAAAAGAAGAA